UUUGCGUUUUGUGAGGUUAGAUAAGCCCGUGUCCGAGUAUUCUAAUUUCGAUUUAAAAACGAGAUCUAAAAGUGUACAUGUUAUUAAGAAUUCUAUCGGGAGUUGAUAUAACUUCAGAUAAAGUAUUCGACCUCAUAGCCAAGAUACCUGCAUUUUUGUGCCUUUGUGAAUAGUGCCCAUAAAAUCCAAAUCUAGCCAAUUUACAAACAAUGAAACCUAUGUUUUGGUUGUGAUUUUUAGGUGUUUGUGAAAUUUAAUGUGUCUUCAAAAUGUGGCACGAAGCGAGAAGACAAGAAAGAAAAAUUCGGGGCAUGCUAGUUGACUAUCGGAGACGAGCUGAACGACGCCGUGAUUUUUAUGAAAAAAUUAAAGCUGAUCCUACCCAGUUUCUACAGAUUCAUGGUCGACAAUGUAAAAUACACUUAGAUGCAAAUAUUGCUGCGGCAGCUGAUACUGCCGUAAUGAUGCCAUGGCAGGGUCAAGCUGAUAAUUUAAUAGAUCGAUUUGAUGUUAGGGCACAUCUAGAUUUUAUACCUCCUAUAGAAAAAACAGAUGAUGAAAAAUUAACUCAAGAUGAAAGACAUCUAAAUUAUGAGAGGUAUAGAAUAAUAGCUCAGAAUGCUUUUUUAGCAGUACCUGAAGAGAAAUUUUUAAAGCAGUUGCAUCUAGAAGAACAAUUUGGAUAUACAGAAUUUAAAACAAAAAAAGAUGCUAGAACAGGAGGUGCUGCCAUUGGGUUUAAUUAUGAAGAUAGUACAGGCGUUCCUCAAGAACCUCUUGUGGAAGAAGCAUCAGAUGAUGAAAAUAGUGAUAGUGAUCUAGAUGUAGAUCUGGCUAUAAACGUUUCUAAAAUGGACCCAACUCAAGCCAAUGAAAUGAACAAACAUGGCAGAAGCUAUGGAAUGAGCUCAAAUGAUUUCUACUCUUUCUUAAUUAACGAUUUAGAAGAGGCGGAGGCAGUUAAGCAAGCAAGAGAAGAAGAACAAGAAAAGGCUCUGUUUUCUGGAAGAAAAUCAAGACGGGAAAGAAGAUAUCACAGAGAGAAAAGACUCGCCAAUAGAACUAUAAGUCCACCAAGUUAUGCUGCCAAAGCUUCACCAACUUUACUCAAUUUACGUGAGAGUAAGUCUCAUUCUAGAACCCCUUCUCCAGAGAAUUCUGGCAAAAUUACUUACAUCACAUCAUUUGGAGAAGAUGAAGAAACACCUUCAAGUAGUAAACCAACUGUAAGUAAAGUAAAUUAUGGAAAACCCAAACCUAAGUAUAGUAAUGAAAAAACAACUGUAAUUUCCACAAAUAGAAGACGUUCCAGAAGUAAAUCUAGAAGUAAAGAUAAAUAUUAUAAUAAAAACAUUCGAUCCAAGAAUAAUAAUAGGUCUAGAAGAGGUAGGACUAGAUCGAAGUCUAGAUCAAGAAGAAGUAGAAGCAAUAGUAGACCUGGAUAUAGGAGACACAGAAGUCCAACUCCAAGAAGUCACAGCAGAUCCUAUUCAAGGAGUCGUUCUAGGUCUAGAAGAAGUAGUCGUUCCAAAGACAGAUCUAGGAGUUUUAGAAGACGUCAUUCUUCCUCAUCUAGUUCUUCUUCUAGUAAAACUAGUUCAAAAUCUAGCAGUUCUAUUUCUUCUCAAGAUAGAUCACCAAAAAAGAAAACUCCAGAAAGAAACAAAGUUGAUUCAAUUCCAAGUCCUCAGGAAAUGGGAUCUGAAACCAUCCCGAGAUAUUAUGGUAGAAGAAAAAAUGAUAAAAGUUCUUCGGAAUUGAGCGAUUUAAACGAUGAAGAUGAUGAUAAAACCAACUAUGAAUCAAACGGUGGUGAUCCACAAAAAGAUGCUAAUGCAACUGCAGGAAAAAAAUCAUCAACUAGUUUGACAAUAAUAGAACGACUUAAAAGAAAAAGACAGGCUUUACUAAAUAGACAGUUUAAAGCUGAUAAAAUAGCAGAACAAGCUAAAACUGAACGAGAAAAAUUAGAACAACAAACAAGAGAAGAUGAACUCAGAGAAAUGGCAAUUAAAUUAAGAAAAAGGCAAAGGGAGAAACGCCAUGCUAAUGACAGUGUAAGUUCAUCUGAUUCUGAUGACAGUACCAGGAGCUACGAAUCAAACUAUAGCAAAGAGAGAUCACGCAGUAGGAGUAGAGAAAAAGACUCUAGACACCACCAUAGAAGAUCACGAAGGAACAGCAAUGAAAGACGUGAUGAAAGGCGUGAUGAAAGGCAUGAUGAAAGACGUGAUGAAAGACGUGAUGAAAGGCGUGAUGAAAGGCAUGAAGAAAAGCGUGAUGAAAGACGAAGUACUAGUAGAGAAAAAAGGACAAGAGAGAGAAGGGAUAGGGAAAGAGAUAGAAGGGGUAGAUGGUCUUCAUCACCAAACAGGGGAACUAAGGAUAGGUAUAGAGAUGAUCGUGACAAGGUUAGAUUAGUAAACUAUUAAAUUUGAUACUUAUUAAGUGUGUCUUGACAUUUAGGUAUGUCUACUUUAGCUAUGAUUUUGUUUAUUUUGAAAUUUGUAUUAGGUAUGCAUUAAUUAUUAAUUCUUAGAUGUACCUAAAUAGUAUGUAUUUUAGUUAAUUGUAUUUCUAAAACUCAGUGUAUUGAUGGCUUGAGUGGAUUCUUAUAAUAAAAGUCUUAAUAGCCAAAACGACAACACCUUUCUAUGAUCUAACCAUUUUAUACUUCCUUCCCCUGUAAAUUUCUGGUGUCUAGAAUUAUGUUUUGCACUUGAGCCAUCCACAACUAAAAUAACACUAAUUUUGAAUUUCUUGAGAAAUAUUAAAUUUCCAGCCUAUAAUAUGAUUUAUUUUUUAUUUUAUAAACUAAUUUCAUAAAAUAACCAUAUACUUAUUUGUUACUUAUUAAAGGUGCUGAAACAACAUCUAAAUGUUUAUAUACUUACAUAUUCAUCGAUGGCCUCAGCAUUGCUUUUAAUAUUAUUCAAAAUAGAACCAGUUCUGUGAGCCUAAAUGAAUAUUAUCAAGUUACAAGAUUGCCUUGUAUUAUUUCAAUCAUAUUCACAAAUAUAAUACAGAUAGGCCACCAUUUAAUUGCUAUAUUUUAUAAACCAUUGUUAAGACAAAGUUGGUUAAAUUUGGCAAAGUUGUAUAUUUUGAAGCCCAAGAAGACGAUUUGAAAAUAAAUUAGUUCUAUUUCUUUAUUCCACUAGAAUAUUAUUUUCAAACAAGACAAAAGCUGAUUCAAUUUUUUUUGUUUUUUAUCAAGUUGUGCAUAUAAAAUAGCAUAUUUAUAAUGAUAGAUCAUUUUAAUGCAUGUUCAAUGAUGUAACAACAUAUUGUGAUUUGUCAACAUUUUGAAAAUCUUAGGAGAGAACUAUUAGAGAGGCGCCUGUAUUUUUUUAUUUAAAAAUGUUUGGAUUAGUAAAUGCUGUAUUAUCGGUCUUAGAAAAUAUGAAUAUUUAAUACAAACGGAAAAAUGUUAAUCUACAUUUGGAAAUUACAUGGUUCAAAAAAUGUUAAAUAUAAAACACUAUUUUUAAUUUUUAUCUUUCCAGUCUAAGAAUUCGGCAUACAUUUUCAUAUUUCUUUUUAGUUUUUACUGGUAAUAAAUACGAAGAGCUUUACAUAUUUAUUAUUUCUGGAGGAGCACAGAUCGUAUCAAUAUCCUUAUGAAAAGAUAUCUUUCGCAAGAUGAUAGAGAUAACUUUAUUUCCGUCACUAAUGAGAAAAAAUAUUAUUUUCAAUUAUUUUUCUUAUUAGAAUAGAGUUAACUAAAGACAAAUUAUGUACGUUUAGCUAAUAAAAUGUAGUUGCCUAUUUAAAAUAAUUCAUAAUAUAGGUCCGUACUAAAUUACCCAUUGAAAAUUACCUGAUGUUCAAAACUUUUGAAAUGUUCAAUAUGCUGUUACCUCCCCAAUAAACAGUUUAUCGGCACCGUAACUGGGCCGAAGGACGCUUGCCGGAUGCCGGACUCGGCCCGAUAUACGGGUGAGGCUUCGGCAUAUAGGUAGGGCAUGUCCGCCCUGCCGAAUGUCGGCAGUAGACAUGGGUAACGCAGCGCUGCGUUGCGUUAACGCAGUUGUAUGCGUUACGAGCGUUGAUACACCAGCUGUUACUGUAUCAGCGCAACGCAAUUUUCGAUACUGAGUCGAAAGGAUCGCGAAUCGCGAGUUGUUGAUGCGUCAUGCGUUGAGAAUUGGUUGAGAAUUUUAAUUUACGUAAUUGAUUCAACUCGUAAUGCAGAUUACCCAAAAUCUAUCAAGUAAUUAAGUUCUUUGCAACAUGUCACAUCAUUUGUAGGAUUGUAGGUCCAAUUUUAUGGAUUUUAACCUUGUACACUGUCAGUUUUUAGUUCUUUCCAUUUUGAUUGGCUACUAGUAUACAAAAGUUAUAUCCUUUUUAUAUAAAUUGGAAUUAUUGUAUUCUUUGUAAAAUCCGAACACAAUUAAAUAAAAAAAUGGGUGCAUUACACUGUUAUAUUUUCAUUUAUUUUUAAACAUAUAAUAAAAAAAAAAUUUAGUUAAAUUCCUAAUUGCGUUAUUGUCUUGAACACGGUUUGACCACAUUAGUAAUCUAUGGUUUGACCCCUCCGGUUUGACCCUUAUAAAAGGACAGCCCGCGCUUAAUAACACAGGUAUCGACUUCAUUCGGCGCAGGCAGUGGUGUGACGCAAUAACGCAAUUGCGUUAACGCAAUGAGUUGGCACAAUAGAGUGCGCCGGAGUUAGUGUAUCAACGCAAAGAAUUUUAGUGCGUUACCCAUGUCUAGUCGGCAGCCCACUAAAUUGUAGCCGUGUUCAUAACUCGCGUAUUGGGGACAACACUAAUCAUUUGUAGUGCGCAUGUCGUACGCGUUUUAUUUGUACAUCGGUCUCCUUUUGACAGAGUAGGUGAGCUGUGUCCAGGCCGUUGGUGUUUAUGCCGGUCGGCGUAGUCAGGUAUGGAUUGAAAUUUUCUGGUGGCGGCGUAGCCGCCACCCUACGAGAAGUCGUUGCUUCGUAUUUUCUUGUUAUCACGGUAUUAUUAUUUGUUCAUGUAUGUGAAAUUUGCUUCUAAGGUUUAUGAAAUACUACUUCUAGUCACGGCGUAAAUGAAAACAAACAAGACGCAUUCACACAAACAUCUCCCACCACAGCAAUUACAAAUAAUGAUUAGUGUUGUCCCCGAUACGCGAGUGUGUUCAUAUAUCUAUACAUUAUACAUAUGUAAUUCGGCCCGUAAGGAUGCCUCCCAUGUCCGGCUAGCCAAAUACUAACCGCGUGCGGCACGUAAGGAUGCUUCCCAUAUGGGCCAUAUGCGGUUUCUACUUCUAAAUUAGGUCAAAUGGUACAGUCCUCUCGGCUCAGAAGAAACUCUGAGUACUCGGCUUCUCGUACAUGCCGGUGUCAGGCCGAGCAAAUGCCGACUAUUUGUGGUUUACUUGGGUCAUUGUAUUAAGUAAUAUUUAAUGUUAAAGAUUGUACUUUUGCUAAAUAAAUAAAUAAAUUCACCAUUGAAUAUGCAAUAAAAUUAUCUGUCGUAAUAUUAUUCAUAUGCAAAUAAAGAAGUUGAGGGUGGUCCGGCAUUUACGAAACGUCAGAUAAUUUGUUAUUUAUAGAAUAUCUCUGAAACCGGCUCCAAUAUUUUGGUUUUCAAAAUGUUCUUAGAUUGGGAUUUUAAAUAUACAACUUUGUGUUUACGAAAUAGCAACACAUUUCAAUUAAUGAUGGUCAAUCACUUAUAAAAAAAAGAUACAAAAAUAUGAAAACAGCAUCAUCAUAAUAAUAAUAAUAAUGCAAUUUGGUUUUCAAUAAUGUGUGCAAUUGAGCUCUAAUUAUUAGUCAACAUUAAAAACACGGGUUUCAACUCGCUUUUGCCAAAUUGUCCUUUUUCAGAUCUGUUUUUCUGACAAACUGUUCGUUUUAAACGUUUUUCUGCUUGGCAAGUGUCAGACUACCAAUAGAUGUUUUCAUCUGAAGACAUUGCCUUUGCAAGAGCUUUGUGCCAUCUAUCAGUUUACAUGGUCUCAUAUUUUUGUUCGCACCCCCUGCAGAAUACGGAUUCUGACAGCCCCAUGAUAUGGAGAUGCUUCCGUACUUAGCAAUGACUAAUCAGAAUGUCUAUGAUCAGGCGCAGAUUAUGUCUAGUCAUAGUCAAGUAUUUGUUUGCUGCAGUGUUGUCAGGAUAACUUAAAAGCUCCCUGGCAAGUCUGCAGAUUCUUGAUCCAUUCCAUCUUUCCUUGAAUUUCACAAGAGAAUGUUCUUUAAUUAGGUUUAUCACUACAAUAAUAGAAGACACAGAAACAAGAAGAAAUUUAUGCUGACGCCGUAACCAAAUUUGUAAACCUGAUAAGAUGGCAAAAGCUCUUGCAACGAUAAUGAAAACAUGUAUUGUGACGUUACAAGAAUUAUUUUACUCUACAGGUAUGUGGCAAAACUUUGGGUGCUCUUCCUUACUGAAUUUUAAGACAAAAACUUCACAUAAACGUAGCUCCUAAACGGCUUUAUUUUCAAAAUACAAGGUGUUGAUAAUAUACCUACAAAAAAAACUAUCUCUGGGAUAAAAUACAAAAUGAAAUAAUCAACUUGAUCGGUGAAAAUAUCAAAUCCAAAAUUUUAGAACUAUCCAAAAAGGCAAAAUAUUCGAUAUCGGGGUCUAUUCUGUAAAAAUUCCUUUAUAUUUAACGGC